AUGGUGAAAAAAGUGACAUUUCUGGCUUUAGUGCGAAAUUUGAGACGGAUAAAUUGUGAUAUAUGUAAUUCUAAGUAUAUUCAAAUUAAAAAUUCUCUGCUGCUCACGGUGGGAAAAAAUGGAUCAGAUACUCCGUGUAUGGCGCGAGCACUAUACGACAACAUAGCGGAGUCACCGGACGAGCUGGCGUUCCGCAGGGGCGACCUGCUCACAGUGCUGGAGCAGAACACUGGAGGCAGCGAGGGCUGGUGGCUCUGUUCCUUGCGAGGACGACAGGGAAUAUGUCCGGGAAACAGACUGAGAAUAGUAGCCGGGGUCUUCGAUGCGAGCUCCGCAAUGCAAAGGCGACGCACUCGCACACCCGCACCCGUAGCUCAUCAGCCCCUCCCAGCGCAACAGUCCCCUGCUUUUACAAAAAUCGAAGAAUGUUCCCACUACGAUGUACCUCGGGCGCCAUUGCCGGUGCAGCGCAUCAUUGGUACAUACGACUGCCCGCGGCCGGCGGCGGACUGGUACGAUGCGCCCAGAGCGCCGCGCCCCGCUAGCGCGGACUCUGCUUGCAGUGGAACGGGCUCCUUAACUUCGGCCACGUCGAGUGCAUCCGCAAAUUCCGGGAGUUCCGCGCAUUCAGCCUCUGCGUCAAGCACGUACGAUGUUCCAAGAUCGCGCGCUCUACCUUUACCUUGUGACGCCGCGUUGGAAGCUCUUGAAAGAUUACAAGAGGAAGCAUCAGCGGCAGUGUCGCGGCUGCUGUCGUACGUGUCGCCGGGGUGGCGGCGGCGCGGGGCGCUGCGACCGCGCGUGCUGGACGUGCGCGUGGCGGGCGCGCGCCUACGAGCCGCUCUACACGACCUUGCAGUGUUCGCGGACGCUACGUUGGCUAACGCUCAUGAUGCCCAAGAUAAAGGUAUCGCAGUAAAGUUACGGCCAUUAGUAAAGGCUUUAAAGGAUGCAGAGCGCAUAACUCAUGAAGCGACUAGCGCGUUGGACGCAGGCGACUGGGCGCCGGAACGACUCGAGCGUGACAGGGAGCCCACAGACGGCACUCAGGACGCGCUCGACCAACUAGUGGCGUGUGCACGAUCCCUUACCGAGGAUGUCAGACGAGCUGCUUCAUUCAUACAUGGGAAUGCCUCGCUUCUGUUUAGGCGAUCGCCCGCUGUACCAGAACAUGAGUGGACCGAAGAGUACGACUAUGUCAGGCUUGAGUCCAGGACUGCAGUGGGCAGGCGGAAUGCGGAGAUUCGUGCAGCGCUGCCUGACAAAUUGCGAGCUUCCUUUGACGCACUUGUGCGAGAUGCGGAUCACGCCGGGGAGGUAAGCGCAGUCGCUGCAGCAACGAGGCUGCCUCCAGACGACAGACAACUAGCAGCUUUCUAUGCCGCUCAAACUGCGACAUACGGCGCCCACCUAUCAACUGCAGUGGAAGCCUUCCUCAGGACCAUUGAGAUGGGACAACCUCCAGAUGUUUUCCUCGCCCACGGCAAAUUCGUUGUACUGAGCGCUCAUAGAAUUGUACAUGUUGGCGACACGGUACACAGGAGCGCCCAACACGCCGGUCUAAAAGCAAAAAUACUCCGGUGCUCCGAUUCAUUAUCAGACGCGCUGGCGGCGACUGUUGCAAAAACAAAGACAGCCGCUCUUCAGUUCCCGUGCGCCAACGCCGUGGCGGACAUGGCCGAGUCCGCCCGAACGCUUGCCGCGAGAGCUCAGGACUUGCGUAGAGCCCUAGUCCGGGCCGCUGAACCUCCACAAGACACCCCGGCAACUACAGUACCGCCAUCAUCUUCCGGUACACCGCUCACCCCCCUAACUCCCCUCGCUUCACACAACAUUGGCACGCCGUCGCUUCCCGUAUUA